UGCCUUGAGCAAAUCAAAGCUCAGCUGCUGUCAUCAGUAUCUGUUGCAGUUAGAAACUCUUUCCAUGUGCCUUUGGCUCUGUUUCUACUCAUAUGCAAUAUUUAUGCUCUAAGAUAUUGAUAUGAAUCAGAAGCUGAAGUCUUUCCAGUGGUGUUUAGUGGCCUGGUUGGAAAAAUGCCAUUUCUAUUUAUAAGAAAAUGAAGAUAAAAAUAUUAAAAUGGAUGCGUUCAAAUAUAGUCCGUUUUGAUUCUACUCCGGAUUUUUUUUUUUCUUUCUCUGUUCAUCAGACAGAGAACUUACAAAAUCCUAAACAUUCCUGCUGGACUGUCUUAGAUUGCUUUUCCCACAAAAUAUAAAAUGCUGCUGCUGCUUCCUUUAAAACUCCUAUGUGUGGUUGAAAGAUUUGGUCAGGGAUUAAAAAACAACAACAACAAAAAAAAACCUUAUAGUGCAAGGUUUCCUGUUUGAGCCGGUGGCAGGGAAGCCAAUGGUUAAAUCUCCCUGUACCACGGAGAGCUGCCUGAAGCCAGAGAGAGAAUAGAGUUUAUGCAGGACCGUGUGUGGAGCUGCUCACUGCUUGUGUAAAAAUAGACGGCAAUACAUCAAUUCCACAGUCUGUGCUGGCUACAAUUCAUACAGGGGGAAAAAAAAACGCAAGCGGUUUCCUCGUAAUCUCUGGAGUCUAGCUGGGGGACGGAGGACCUCGGUGUGUUUGCAUUCAGCACAAUGGAAUGUUCCCGGAAAGUUUGGGCAACUUGGGAAACAAGCGAAACUUUCUGAGGACUCUGCUGAGAUGGACCCGAAUUGAAUUGCAUGGAGGAUCCGAGCUGCUAACAAUGAAACUGGCAAAGGACUGCAAGCGCUUCCUCCGGUGUGCUGCUCUGGUUGGUGAAGACCAGCCUCUUUGCCCAGAUCUUCCUGAGCUUGAUCUUUCUGAACUAGAUGUGAACGACUUGGACACAGACAGCUUUCUGGGUGGACUCAAGUGGUGCAGUGACCAAUCAGAAAUUAUAUCCAACCAGUACAGCAAUGAGCCUGCAAACAUAUUUGAGAAGAUAGAUGAAGAAAAUGAGGCAAACUUGCUCGCAGUCCUCACAGAGACACUAGACAGUCUCCCUGUGGAUGAAGACGGAUUGCCCUCAUUUGAUGCACUGACAGAUGGAGACGUGACCACUGACAACGAGGCCAGUCCUUCCUCCAUGCCUGACGGCACCCCUCCACCUCAGGAGGCAGAAGAGCCGUCUCUACUUAAGAAGCUCCUGCUGGCACCGGCCAACACUCAGCUGAGUUAUAAUGAAUGCAGUGGCCUCAGUACCCAGAAUCAUGCAAACCACAAUCACAGGAUCAGAACAAGCCCUGCAGUUGUUAAGACCGAGAAUUCAUGGAGCAAUAAAGCGAAGAGCAUUUGUCAACAGCAAAAGCCACAAAGACGUCCAUGCUCGGAGCUUCUCAAGUAUCUGACCACAAACGAUGACCCUCCUCACACCAAACCCACAGAGAACAGGAACAGCAGCAGAGACAAAUGCACCUCCAAAAAGAAGUCCCACACACAAUCGCAGUCGCACCAUGUACAAGCCAAACCAACAACUUUAUCUCUUCCUUUGACCCCAGAGUCACCAAAUGACCCCAAGGGUUCCCCAUUUGAGAACAAGACUAUUGAACGAACCUUAAGUGUGGAACUCUCUGGAACUGCAGGCCUCACUCCACCCACAACUCCUCCUCAUAAAGCCAACCAAGAUAACCCUUUCAGGGCUUCUCCAAAGCCGAAGUCCUCCUGCAAGACCGUGGUGCCACCGCCAUCAAAGAAGGCCCGGUACAGCGAGUCUUCUGGUACCCAAGGCAAUAACUCUACCAAAAACGGGCCUGAGCAGUCUGAGUUGUACGCGCAGCUCAGUAAGUCCUCAGUGCCCAGCAGUGGACACGAGGAAAGGAAGGCCAAACGGCCCAGCCCACGCCUGUUUGGUGACCAUGACUAUUGCCAGUCAAUUAAUUCCAAAACGGAAAUACUUAUUCACGUGUCACAGGAGCUCCCAGACUCUAGACAACUAGACUAUAAAGAUGCCUCCUCUGCCUGGCAGAGGCAGAUUUGUUCUUCCACAGACUCAGACCAGCUCUACCUGAGAGAGACGCUGGAGGCCAGCAAGCAGGUCUCUCCUUGCGGCACCAGAAAACAGCUCCAAGACCAGGAGAUCCGAGCCGAGCUGAACAAGCACUUCGGUCAUCCCAGUCAAGCUGUUUUUGACGACGAAGCAGACAAGACCAGUGAACUGAGGGACAGUGAUUUCAGUAAUGAACAAUUCUCCAAACUACCUAUGUUUAUAAAUUCAGGACUAGCCAUGGAUGGCCUGUUCGAUGACAGCGAAGAUGAAAGUGAUAAACUGAGCUGCCCUUGGGAUGGCACGCAAUCCUAUUCAUUGUUCGACGUGUCGCCUUCUUGCUCUUCUUUUAACUCUCCAUGUAGAGAUUCUGUGUCACCACCCAAAUCCUUAUUUUCUCAAAGACCCCAAAGGAUGCGCUCUCGUUCAAGGUCCUUUUCUCGACACAGGUCGUGUUCCCGAUCACCAUAUUCCAGGUCAAGAUCAAGGUCCCCAGGCAGUCGAUCCUCCUCAAGGUCCUGCUACUACUAUGAGUCAAGCCACUACAGACACCGCACGCACCGAAAUUCUCCCUUAUACGUGAGAUCACGUUCAAGAUCGCCCUACAGCCGGCGGCCCAGGUAUGACAGCUAUGAGGCGUAUCAGCACGAAAGGCUGAAGAGGGAAGAACACCGCAAAGAGUACGAGAAGCGGGAAUCCGAAAGGGCCAAGCAGAGAGAGAGGCAGAGGCAGAAGGCAAUUGAAGAGCGCCGCGUGAUUUAUGUUGGUAAAAUCAGACCUGACACUACCCGGACAGAACUGAGGGACCGCUUUGAAGUUUUUGGUGAAAUUGAGGAGUGCACAGUAAAUCUGCGGGAUGAUGGAGACAGCUAUGGUUUCAUUACCUACCGCUACACCUGUGAUGCUUUUGCUGCUCUUGAAAAUGGAUAUACUUUGCGCAGGUCGAACGAAACUGACUUCCAGCUGUACUUUUGUGGACGCAAGCAAUUUUUCAAGUCUAACUAUGCAGACCUAGAUUCAAACUCAGAUGACUUUGACCCUGCUUCCACCAAGAGCAAGUAUGACUCUCUGGAUUUUGAUAGUUUACUGAAAGAAGCUCAGAGAAGCUUGCGCAGGUAACAUGUUACCUGGCUGAGGACGACAGAGAUGGUGAAUACCUCACGGGACAGCGCGCCCUUCCCUAACAGACUAUUUCAAGUCAUACUUAUGAAUUUCUCCUCCUUUACACUCUCUGUACAAAAACAAAACAGCAAAACAACAACAAUACAACAAGAACAAGAACAACCACAACAACAAUGGUUUACAUGAGCAGAGCUGCUGAAGAAGCAAGAGACAGAGUGAUAUCUAGUAAGCACAAGUUUAUUUAUGGGUGUCAGCUUUGCUUUCCCCGGAGUCUCUUGGUGACUGUGUGUGUGUGUGUGUGUGUGUGUUCAUGUGCGUGCGUGCGUGCAUGCAUGUGUAUGGGUACGUGUGCACAUGUGCACGCUUGGUUUGGGGGAAGUGUGUGUGUGUGUGUGCACCUGUGAGGACUAGGGGCACCUGACCAGAACGUGCAAGGGCAGACCACUUCAAAUGGCAGCAGUUCCAUGAAGACACACUUAAAACCUAGAACUUCAAAAUGUUCACAAUCUAUUCAAAAGGAAAAAAGUAUAUAUACACAUAUAAACAUAUAAAUUUAAAAAGGAAAGAAAACUAAUCAAUCAACCACAAAACAACCCUAAUACGACAGCUGCUGAUGUCCAGGGCAUUGGCCUCCGUACUCUGUUUUUUAAGAAAGUGCAAAAUCAACUUGAAGCAAGCUUUCUCUCCUCACCUAAUGAUUAUGUGACAAUCCCGAAGAAACCACAGGUUCCGUAGAACUAACAUCCUCUCUCUCUCUCUCUCUCUCUCUCUCUCUCUCUUUCUCUCUCUCUCUCUUUCUCUCUCUCUCUCUCUCUCUCUCUCUCCCCCCUCCCUCUUUCUCUCUUUCUCUUUCUCUUUUUCUUUCUCUCUCUCCCUUUUCUUUCUUUCUUUUCCCUUUUCCUUUUGCCAUGGAAUCUGGGUGGGAGAGGAUGCUGCGGGCACCAGAAUGCUAAACUUUCCUAACAUUUUGAAGUUUCUGUAGUUCGUCCUUUGUCCUGACACCCAUGUAAAUGUCCAAAACGUUGAUCUUCCACUGCAAAUCUUAAAAGCCUUGUCAAUGGUCAAGCGUGCAGCUCGUUCAGCAGUUCUUCCCAAGACGCGGACGCGGUGUUACAUUACAAAGGAGAGUUGAGUAGAACUCUCUGGAUGUGUUCAGAUAGUGUAAUCGCUACAUUCUCUGAUGUAGUUAAGUAUUUACAGAUGUUAAAUGGAGUAUUUUUAUUUUAUGUACAUACUAUACAACGAUGUUCUUUUUUGUUACAGCUAUGCACUGUAUAUGCAGCCUUCUUUUCGAAACUGCUAAAUUUUUCUUAAUCGAGAAUAUUCAAAUGUAAUUAUGAGGUGAACCAAUUAUUGUACACUAACAUAUUUAGAAGCUGAACUUACUGCUUAUAUAUAUUUGAUUGUAAAAAACAAAAAACAAAAAACAAAAGACAGUGUGUGUGUCCGUUGAGUGCAACUACAGAAAAAAAAAUGACGCUUUACGCACAUCCAUCCCUCCUUUCUUAGGUGAGCUUCUAUCUGAGCAUCUUGUCAAAAACUAUCCUAGUCCCCUCAAGGUAUUAACCACUUCUGCGAUAUUUUUCCACAUUUUCUUGUUGCUUGUUUUUCUUUGAAGUUUUAUACACUGGAUUUGUUAGGGGAAUGAAAUUUUCUCAUCUAAAAUUUUUCUAGAAGAUAUCAUGAUUUUAUGUAAAGUCUCUCAAUGGGUAACCAUUAAGAAAUGUUUUUAUUUUCUCUAUCAACAGUAGUUUUGAAAAUAGAGGUCAAAAAUCUUUUUAAAAUGCUGUUCUGUUUUAAUUUUUGUGAUUUUAAUUUGAUACAAAAUGCUGAGGUAAUAAUUACAGUAUGAUUUUUACAAUAAUUAAUGUGUGUCUGAAGACUAUCUUUGAAGCCAGUAUCUCUUUCCCUUGGCAGAGUAUGACGAUGGUAUUUAUCUGUAUUUUUUACAGUUAUGCAUCCUGUAUAAAUACUGAUAUUUCAUUCCUUUGUUUACUAAAGAGACAUAUUUAUCAGUUGCAGAUAGCCUAUUUAUUAUAAAUUAUGAGAUGAUAAAAAUAAUAAAGCCAGAAGAAAUUCCCCUAGGAUGCAUGGCGGUUGUCAGGUGGGAGUGUAAACUCUUCAUUGGGGAAACUCGCCUUUUGCAGAAGCAGUGUUUCUACUUGCACUAGCAUGGCCUCUGACGUGACCAUGAUGUUGUUCUUGAUGACAUUGCUUCUGCUAAACUCAAUAAAAAAAACUUCAGAAAAACCUCCAUUUUGAGCAUCAGGAUUUCAUCUGAGUGUGGAGUCCCUGGAAUGGAAUUCACUGACGUUUGGAGUGUGUAUUCAAGUUUCUAAAUUGAGAUUCGAUUACUGUUUGGCUCCCGUGACUUUUCUGGAAGAUGUGACAUACCUACUACUUAAGCGUUCUUUUCCUUUCUCUCGCCCAACACGAUCUUAUACAAUGGGUCUCACCCCCAGGCCAAUGCAGCGGAUUUUGACGGCUGCAGUCAUUUAUCACCAGCAUACUGUGUUCUGAGUGAAUCCACUGUCUGUCCUGUCGGAUGCUUGCUUGAGUUUUUGGCUUCUUAUUUCUAAGUAGAUAGAAAGCAAUAAAAAUACUAUGACAACAUAAAAGAACUUGUUCACAGGUUCUGCGUUACAACAGUAACACACCUUUAAUCCGCCUAAUUCUUGUUGUUCUGUAGGUUAAAUGCAGGUAUUUUAACUCUUUGUGAACGCCAAACUAAAGUUUACAGUCUUUCUUUUGGAAUUUUGGGUAUCUUCUGUUGUAGAAUAAUAAUAAAAAAAAGACUAUUAAGAGCAAUAAAUUAUUUUUAAGAAAUCGAUAUUUAGUAAAUCCUAUUAUGUGUUUAAGGACCAGAUGCGUUCUCUAUUUUGCCUUUAAAUUUUUGUGAUCCAAUUUUAAAUACAUUCUCUUUUUCGCCCUGGAUUGUUGACAUGAGUGAACUAUUUGGUUUCUUUUCUCACUUAUCAAGAGACAACACUACAGACUUCAUGUUGAGGAUUAAUUUAUCCCCUCCCCUCCAGUCUGACAAAUAUUGUCACCAUGAAGAUAGUUUUCCUCCAUGGAUGUCAAAUCGCAUCUCAAAUUAGUGGAGCAUUUGUACCUUAUGCAGACACUGUGGGUAGCCCAUCGAAACGUAAGGUGUGUUCCUUUUAUUUUUAUUUUUUUAUUUUUUGGAGAGAAUAUUUCCAGUGAACACGUGCACCCCAUCUUCACAGGAGGCAAUUUCAGCAUAGAUCUGCAGGGUUUUUAGAAGACCCAGGCCAUUGCCUUCAUACUGUGGUAAGUACCACAUCUACAAUUUUGGUAACCGAACUGGUGCUUUAGAAAAGUGGGAUUUUUUUUUUUUAAAGAGAUGUAGCAGACUAAUUCUUCCAGUGCACCCAAGUCAAUUUUUGCUAAAUGACUCCAGGAACACCAGUCGGGCUGUCAACAUUCAAAGCAGCAGAGAGGGAACUUUGCACUAUUGGGGUAGGACGUUUGGGUCAGUUGAAAAAGGAAACCUUUUCAUGCCUUUAGAUGUGAGCUUACAGUAGGUGAUGAUUCUGUGUCCUUCUUUGAUGGCUGUAACGAGAACUUCAAUCACUGUAGUCUAAGACCUGAUCUAUAGAUGACCUAGAAUAGCCAUGUAAUAUAAUGUGAUGAUUCUAAAUUUGUACCUAUGUGACAGACAUUUUCAAUAAUGUGAACUGCUGAUUUGAAAGAGCUACUUUAAGAUUUGUAGGUGAAAGUGUAAUACUGUUGGUUGAACUAUGCUGAAGAGGGAAAGUGAGAGAUUAGUUGAGCCCUUGCUGGGCUUUUUCUUCCACCUGCCAAUUCUACAUGUAUUGUUGUGGUUUUAUUCAUUGUAUGAAAAUUCCUGUGAUUUUUUUUUAAUGUGCAGUACACAUCAGCCUCACUGAGCUAAUAAAGGGAAACGAAUGUUUCAAAUCUA